AUGAUUGUUACUCCAAAAAUGGCAAGCCGUCGAGGAACCAAAAGAAUCUUGAAACCUGUUAUAGAGAAGAAACGGAGAGACAGAAUUAACCAGCGUUUAGAUGAGCUGAGAACACUUCUCCUGGAUAACACACUGGACUCGCGACUUCAAAACCCCAAACUGGAGAAAGCUGAGAUUCUAGAGUUAACAGUGGAAUACAUCAAGAAAAAAGCGCAAAAGCCAAGACAAAGUCAGGGAGAUUGUAAUAAGAACUCAGACCCACACGACACAUACGCUCAUGCUUUACCCUCUGGAAGGCCACGUGUACCCUUCUCCUCAGUCCACGAGCCCUUCAGCGCACAGAUGCCCUCCAAUCCCCUCUACAGGGCCGGUUUUAAGGAGUGCACCUCGCGACUUUCUAACUUCAUCGACUGUGUGGAGCCUUCUCAGCGAGACAACUUCAUCCAGGGCUUGUGCCACCACCUCGACUCCUACAGCAAAGCUGCCCACCCUCCCUGGAUCCCGAGCCCAGAGCUGACGUGCAGGGCAGACGUCCAGGCGAUGGCACCCAUGAGAGGAAACACAGAGGCAUUUUCAUACCCCAACAGUUUGUAUCCCAAUUCCUUUAUGCUUCACCAUCCUCAUCCAGCUGGACCCAUGACGCACCCUUACCUCUCGCCUCCGUACUCCAUCUCCCCUCCACCGUCGCCUUGUUACUCAAGCAGUACUCCACCCUUCUCCAGUUCACCCACGUAUCUCACCGUACCCUGCCACUUCGUGUUCCCUCCCACCAUCUCCCCGCUUUCCACAGACUCUUCGUCAUCAGCAUCAUCAUCCUCUUUUAGCAUCUCGCCCCCUGCUCUGCCGGUAGUCCCAGGACCUCAUCUUCAGGUUUCCCCCACUCCAGUGCGGCCCACAGGCUCAGCUCCACCCUGCCAACCCCAGACUCUGAGGCGAGCUCUUUUCCAGAACCAGAUGCAGCGUGUCUGGAGGCCAUGGUAAAAUACAGAGAAACCAUCACUGAGUUACUUGUGACAGAAGCUGGACUUCUUUGCAUUCCUGUAGAUCUGGCAUAAGGUGGGAAAGAAACCUUUGAGGUCUAUGCUAUACGCACAACACGUCCGACUUGGUUGUUUAUUGGCGUUGUCUGCAAUCUCUGUAGUAAUUCAA